GAAACAGGAAGUCAGUCAGUUAAAGCUGGUGGCAGCAGCAGAGGCCACCAAGAGGAGGCAGACAGCAGGUUGCAGUGCAGGGGCCUCAGCUCCCCUCAGCGGCUUGUCGGUGCUGGGGUAGCUGCCAGCCCGGCUGGACGAGGCCAGCGUCCACCAUGGUCCCCUGCUGGAACCACGGCAACAUCACCCGCUCCAAGGCAGAGGAGCUGCUGUCCAGGACGGGCAAAGAUGGGAGCUUCCUCGUGCGAGCCAGCGAGUCCAUCUCCCGGGCCUACGCGCUCUGUGUGCUAUAUCGAAACUGCGUUUACACCUACAGAAUUCUGCCCAACGAAGAUGAUAAAUUCACUGUUCAGGCGUCAGAAGGCGUCCCCAUGAAGUUCUUCACCACGCUGGACCAGCUCAUUGAGUUUUACAAGAAGGAAAACAUGGGGCUGGUGACCCAUCUGCAGUACCCUGUGCCCCUGGAGGAGGAGGAUGCAGGUGACGACCCUGAGGAGGACACAGAGAGCAUCAUGUCUCCUCCCGAGCUGCCCCCGAGGAACAUCCCUCUGUCUGCUGGGGCCUGUGAGGCCAAGGACGCAUCUCCUUCAAUCGAUAACCCCCGAGCACCAGAGAUCAGCCGGCCAAGCCUCGCAGAAACUCUGCUUCAGCGACUGCAGAACCUGGACACCAGCGGGCUUCCAGAAGAGCAUCUUAAAGCCAUCCAAGAUUAUUUAAGUACUCAGCUCACCCUGGACUCUGAAUUUGUGAAGACAGGGUCCAGCAAUCUUCCCCACCUGAAGAAACUGACUACACAGCUCUGCAGGGAGCUCUACGGGGAAGUCGUCCGGACCCUCCCGUCCCUGGAGUCUCUGCAGAGGUUGUUUGACCAGCAGCUCUCCCCUGGCCUCCGUCCACGUCCUCAGGUGCCCUGUGAGGCCAAUCCCAUCAACAUGGUGUCCAAGCUGAGCCAGCUGACGAGUCUGCUGUCCUCCAUCGAAGAUAAGGUGAAGGCCUUGCUGCACGAGGGUCCCGACUCCUCCCACCGGCGUUCCCUCAUCCCUCCUAUCACCUUUGAGGUGAAGUCAGAGUCUCUGGGGAUCCCUCAGAAAAUGCAGCUCAAAGUCGACGUGGAGUCUGGGAAACUGAUCAUUAAGAAGUCCAAGGAUGGUUCAGAGGACAAGUUCUACAGCCACAAGAAAAUCCUGCAGCUCAUCAAGUCCCAGAAGUUCCUAAACAAGUUAGUGAUUUUGGUAGAAACAGACAAGGAGAAGACCCUACGGAAGGAAUAUGUUUUUGCCGACUCCAAAAAGAGAGAAGGCUUCUGCCAGCUGCUGCAGCAGAUGAAGAACAGGCACUCGGAGCAGCCGGAGCCCGACAUGAUCACCAUCUUCAUUGGCACCUGGAAUAUGGGUAACGCCCCCCCUCCCAAGAAGAUCACGUCCUGGUUUCUCUCCAAGGGGCAGGGAAAGACGCGGGACGACUCUGCCGACUACAUCCCCCAUGACAUUUAUGUGAUCGGCACCCAGGAGGACCCCCUGGGUGAGAAGGAGUGGCUGGAGAUCCUCAAACACUCCCUGCAAGAAAUCACCAGCAUCACUUUUAAAACAGUGAGCAGCUGGCCAACCCCGGGUGGGGCUCCGGGACAGGGGCUUUGCUCGGGGAGAGCGUCUCAGAAUGACCUGGAGGGGAACAAAGGAGCUGUGGGGGUGUCCUUCAUGUUCAAUGGAACCUCCUUGGGGUUUGUUAACAGCCACUUGACUUCCGGAAGCGAAAAGAAACUCAGGAGAAACCAAAACUACAUGAACAUUCUCCGGUUCCUGGCCCUGGGAGACAAGAAGCUGAGUCCCUUUAACAUCACUCACCGCUUCACGCACCUCUUCUGGCUCGGGGAUCUCAAUUACCGCGUGGAGCUGCCCACCUGGGAGGCUGAAACUAUCAUCCAGAAAAUCAAGCAGCAGCAGUACGCAGAUCUGCUGUCCCACGACCAGCUGCUCACAGAGAGGAGGGAGCAGAAGGUUUUCUUGCACUUCGAGGAGGAAGAAAUCACGUUUGCGCCGACCUACCGUUUUGAAAGACUGACUCGGGACAAGUACGCCUACACUAAGCAGAAAGCAACGGGGAUGAAGUACAACUUGCCGUCCUGGUGUGACCGAGUCCUCUGGAAGUCUUACCCCCUGGUGCACGUGGUGUGUCAGUCCUACGGAAGCACUACUGACAUCAUGACAAGUGACCACAGCCCUGUCUUUGCCACAUUUGAGGCCGGGGUGACUUCCCAGUUUGUCUCAAAGAAUGGCCCUGGGACCACUGACAGCCAAGGGCAGAUCGAGUUCCUCAGGUGCAACGCCACACUGAAGACCAAGUCCCAGACCAAGUUCUACCUGGAGUUCCACUCAAGCUGCCUGGAGAGUUUUGUCAAGAGUCAGGAAGGAGAAAAUGAAGAAGGAAGCGAGGGGGAGCUGGUGGUUAAGUUUGAGGAGACCCUUCCAAAGCUGAAGCCCAUUAUCUCUGACCCUGAGUACCUGCUGGACCAGCACAUCCUAAUUAGCAUUAAAUCCUCUGACAGCGACGAAUCCUACGGUGAGGGCUGCAUUGCCCUCCGGCUAGAGGCCACAGAGACCCCGCUGCCCAUCUACACACUGCUGACCCACCACGGAGAGAUGACCGGCCACUUCCGGGGGGAGAUCAAGCUGCAGACCUCCCAGGGAAAAAUGAGAGAGAAGCUAUAUGACUUUGUGAAGACAGAGCGGGAUGAGUCCAGCGCCCCCAAGUCUUUGAAGAGCCUCACGAGCCACGACCCCAUGAAGCAGUGGGAACCUGCUGGCAGGGUCCCUCUGUGCAGUGGCUCCAGCAUCACAGAAAUAAUCAACCCAAACUACAUGGGGGUGGGGCCCUUUGGGCAGCCGAUGCCCAUGAAGCAGACUCUGUCCCCAGAUCAGCAGCCCACACCCUGGAGCUAUGACCAGCCACCCAAGGACUCCUCCCUGGGUCUGGGAAAGGGAGAGAGUCCUCCAACACCUCCCUGCCAGCCACCCCUAUCACCUAAGAAGUUUUCAUCCUCAACAGCAAACCGGGGUCCCUGUCUCAGGACCCAAGAAUCAAGGCCAGGUGACCUGGGGAAGGGGGCGGAAGCGCUGGAGGACCUGCCGCUGAGCAAGCCGGAGAUGUUUGAGAACCCACUGUAUGGGUCCGUGAGCUCCUUCCCCAAGCCAGCUCCCAGGAAGGAGCAGGAAUCGCCCAAAACGCUGCGGAAGGAGCCCCCGCCCUGCCCGGAGCCGGGGAUCUUGACGCCUGGCAUCACGCUCAUCAAAGCCCAGGAGGCUGACCGCAGCGAGGGGACCGGCAAGCAGGUCCCCGCCCCUCGGUUGCGCUCCUUCACCUGCUCGUCCUCCGCAGCGGAGGGCAGGGCGGCUGCCGGGGACAAGAGCCAAGGGAAGCCCAAGGCCUCGGCGAGCUCCCUGGCCCCCGUGCCUGCCAAGAGACCCAUCAAGCCUUCCAGGUCGGACAUGAGCCCGCAGACACUGCCGGCCCCCUCGCCACGGCCACCCCUGCCCAGCAAAAGCCCGGCAGUCCUUCACCUGCAGCACUCCAAGGGCCGCGACUACCGCGACAGCAGUGAGCUCCCGCACCAUGGCAAGCACCGCCCAGAGGAGGGGUCGCUCAGCAGGACAGCUGCACAGUGAAGCCCUUGGAGAGCUGCUGGCAAAUCCGGAGCCCAGAGGAACAGCACGAAGCCCCUUGGACCUUCUCUCGGGCCCUCCUGUGGAGUCCUCCCACUAGCUUCCCAUGAAAGGUUUCAUGUUUUUCAGAAAAGGGCCUGGCUUCCCUGUCGCCCAGAUGUGGACUGUCUGCAAAACUUGGCGCGCAGUGCAGAGGUCAGAAGGAAUUACGUGUACCCGACAGGCAACAACCAACCUGGUCCCUAGUUUGACCUUGGUACUUGGGACUCCACUGCCUUGUUCAGGUCAGCAUUUUGAAGAAAUGAACUGAAGCACCGCUUUGAAGGUGGAGACAUAAAUAAUAGUAAUAAUAAUAAUAAUAAUGGGCACGUGAAGCGAGCACUCACUGUGCCUGGUGCCGUCCUAAGUGCUUUAUGAACAUUAUGUGAAGACAGCCUCGAGAGCGGGGUCUCCAGACAACUAAAACCACACACCCAAACCCACCAGUUCAAAGUGGCCUGUGUCCUGUGGGGGUUGGACAAAGCAUUAAGAAGGCCAGUGCCCUCCUGGAGCCUUGGCCUUAAGGAGCUGAAGCAGCUGAGGGGCUAAUUUAGGGUACAAAGAGCCUGCCUCUCUAGCUUCAGUGAUGCCCGCUGCUUUAAACCCUAGAGGAUGGGGGUUGGGGAUGGCUUUGGCUUAGCCGAGCAGAGGGCAGGGAUCUACCCGGCUUCUUGGUUCCUCAGUCGGAAGGGGCCUGCUGUCUAGCGGAGACAUCUGGCUUCAGCCUGGGCUAGAGAAGCCGAGGCCUGUGCCAGGUUCCUCAUGUCCUCAAAGUGGGCAGCCAGCCAGCUGAGCUGAGCCCCUCAACACUUAUCCCAUUGUGCUAGUGGAAGAGUCUCAGCUGUGGCUCCCAAGUCCCCUCCUUGACUGAGCCCCCUGCCUGGCCACCUCGGAGGGCAGGCCUUGCAGUUUAGACUCUCAGCAUAGCACACGCGUGCCUUUUUCAUCCCAGCUCUGUGGCUUUCAGCUGCUUCCUUGGUUACUAGAAUAGAUCAGUGACGUCUUUCCUUGUGUUGCAUUUUGACGUGACAGAAUUAACAUAGGAAACCCAAUCCAGAGGUGUGAUGAACACAGGAGAAGGGAUACGAGCCCCACAUUCCCACAGGUGUAGUCUGUGUGACCAAUAAAUCGA